AUACCAAACAAAAUAUAUUUUUAUAACGUAUUCAAAGUCCCAAAAACUAUUUUUACUCAAAACAACUUUCAAACCAAACGUCAAGUGAUAUUUAAGUCAUAGUAAAACCACAUAAUAUGUCGACAAAACUCCUACCGAUUUGUGUGUUAAUCGUAUGUCUGGUGUAUGGCAUUAAUGGUCAGUAUAAGGAGACACCAAUAGACUUGGAGGACCCUCGGGUGACAACCUGUGCCAACUUCGUGGCCACCGCUAUGAGUAACUCUGAGAUUGAGUACGUGGUGGACACCAUUUGGGACGCAAACACCAUCACUGGUAGCGAUAUAGAUAUUCAAAUCCGAGUGAUCCUGGCUUAUUUCAAUCUGUUCGGGUGUCGUGAUCCCAGUGGCUGUGAACGUCAAAUCAACUGCAAUGCUGAGGUACGUGGCAGUGGACAGGGACCUAAUCCUUACAAACUGGUGAGAAUAGGCUGCUCUCCGACCACAUCUCAGACCAGACGCCGACGAAAGAUGUCUAAUAAGAAGAGGUCGCGAGUAAUCAAACGUAUGAUGAAGUCCUCCAAAGACAAUAGGAUUUCCAAACCAGCCCUCGCUAUCAAUGCUUUUUAAAUACUGUGUAUUUUUGAUGUAAUUUUAAAACAAAUAUUUUAAUAAACGAG